AUGUCUGCUAGCUCAUCUUUAGUGUAUUUCCAUACAUUUCGCACAAAUGUAAAAGAAAGGUGGAAAAACAAAUCACUUGUUGAUGUAUUAGAAUAUGAAUUUAGAACACGAACAAGAGAAUAUUAUAUUGAAGCAAUUGAAUGUGGUGUAAUAACUGUCAAUGAUAUUAUUGUCAAGCCAUCAUAUAAAUUACAGUUAGUCGAUUAUAUAAAACAUACAGUGCAUAUGCACGAACCUAUAGCACCCGCAAUAAACACGAUUUCGAUGGAAAAUGAUUAUUGUGUCGUAUAUAAACCGGCAGGGGUACCUUGUCACCCCACUGGUGGAUAUCUUGAAUAUUCAGUUACAAGAAAGCUUUUUGGAGAUAAAAAAGUGGCUUGCGUUAAUCGUCUCGAUAUACCAGUUUCGGGUGUUUUAAUUAUAGCAUUUGACGAUUUUAAAAACACUAUGAUGAAAAUUUCUAAUGCCGUAAAAAUUUACAUUGCAAAAGUCAAAGGAGAUUUUCCUGAUUUUGUAAAUUGCAUUAAAAAAAUUUACUGUGAAGAAGGUAGAAGAAGGUUUAUCGACGAAAGGGGAAAAGAAUGCCAAACAUUGUUUCGAAAAAUAAAGUUUGUAGAUGGAUAUAGUUUUGUUGAGUGCAGACCGAUCACAGGUAGAACGCAUCAAAUUAGAAUUCAUCUGCAGAGUCUUGGAUUUCCAAUCGUAAAUGAUAUCAUUUAUGGUGAAUCAAAGAGAGAAAAUUUUGUUUUUGUGAAAAAUUGCAACGUUAAAAAUGACGGAGAUAAAAAAAUCAAUUGUAUAUUAAAACAUUGUAAAGGAGAAAAUAAUAGAAGCUUUUUAUCGCAAGAAAAUUUUAUUUGCCUUCACGCUUGGAAAUACAAAUUUAACGAAAAAUGGUAUGAAGCAAAAUUGCCAGAAUGGGCACAAACAAAACUUUAG